CGUGCCGAGCAGUCGCAAAACGCGCACGAGUAUUAAUCAAGAAACCAAAAGUAAAAAAAAAGAUAUACAAAAGAAUAACAGAGUGAUUUUUCCCUCCUAAAAGAUACAGAUCACGGAACGAAACACAGAAAGAUCAUACAGAAAUUCUUCACUUUUAAUUAAGUUUUUAAUUAAUUAAUUGUAAAAUGAGUGACCUAGAGCAUAUUGCUUUGCAAAUGGAUAAACUACCUCUGGACGAUGAUAAAACUUUGGCUAAAAAUCAAGAAAAUAUCAACAAUCACAGCAAUGGCGAUGCAAUCGAUGGACGGACGACACGUAAUAAUGUUCGAGUGCCCCGAGCAGUUCCCGAAACGGAUGAUGAUGACGACGAUCGUCCCUUUGUUAAAGAUGGGAGUGGUAAUCCCGGCGUGGAUGAUGGUCUCCUUGGAGGCGUCGGAGGCGGAGGAGGAGGUGGCGGUGGUGGGGUCACUGUCCUCGUACCCAAUGGAGGAGGCGGCAGACGACCCAGUUUCUCCUUUCCGGGAUACAAUGGAACAUCGGGUUUUGUGACCAUUGACGGUGUGGAGACACCAGUGCCCGAUGUGAAUGCAUAUCAGCAUAAGAAGACUCUGGCCCAGGGUAUGAUGGAUCUGGCUCUGCUUUCGGCAAAUGCCAAUCAGUUGCGAUAUGUGCUGGAAACGAAUACUCAGCAUCCAUACUUUUAUCCCAGCCUGAUAUUCAUCUCACUCAGCAUUGUGUUUCAGAUCGCUGUCGGCGUGGGACUUAUUUGGAAUGGCCGGUACAACAUUAAGAAUGAGCAAGAGAUCUGUCGGGCGAACAGAAUCAAUAAUUACACAGUCAUUGGCAUUUUUAUUGUGACAGUGGUUAAUGUCCUGAUAUCGGCCUUUGGUGUUGCAGAACGAGCCCCCGUUGUCGUGAAUACUACUUAGUUCAGGAUCUACUUUUGUAUAUAUCGUAGAUUCCUUUAGAGAUUAGUAUUUAGCCAGUUAAGCACAAUCACAUGUUUAGGAAAUAUUCACAGCCUCACCUCACCAGUUAGUUCUUUUGUUAAAAUUCACACAAGCGCCUCAUUUUUAUACAUGUAACAACUGAAAUGUGAUAAAUAUAAUGAAUCCCAUGAUAUUAAAUUAAU